GUGAUGUUUCUAUCGGUCAUGUCACAUCCCGAAUUAUUCGAUCGAGAAAUUCUUGUUCCGAUUGGAAACGGCGAACAUAAAAAACACGAAGUACUUUUUCUGCCGUGGCUUACGGGAAAACAACGYACGAUUGAGACACAAUUCAAAAACACUGAAGUAUUUUUAUUGCCUACAGUAUUGUAGCACAGAGAAAUACGUACGGGUAGUUUACUGCAUACCGUUUCUCUUCUCUCGAAAGACACACAUACAGAGUUGUAUGAGCCUGUGGCAUCCUUCGCACCUCACCCGAACAAAUACCWCAACUGUUUCUACUAUUACUUUAGCACMAACACAAUACCAACGGCCCUUCGAUCCAUUCUAGUGACGGAGUAGUAGAAGCGCGAUCCACAGWUACCCUCGCCGCUACUCCGAUACCACAGCGAACAAACGAAAUACUCGUACGGUGCYAMGGAAUGGACAAASAAUUAUARUUGUAACAGAAGUACGCAGAUCCACACGCAAUUCAUACACAAAACAAUGGGUCCACAGGCCACCUCCCCGUACCACCCGUCGCCUARCAACUAUCGGAUCCGGCCCCGGCAGGAAUACGGAAGCACGGCCCCGGAGCAGCACCACCACUGCGAAGCGGGAACCCCAACGCGAACCCCGACGAUACCUCUGACKCCGUCUAGUUUGCACAGCUGUGGCAGCGUUCGGGCCGUGGUGCCGGARAGCGGGAAGAAGAACAGCGGCAGCACCAGCAACAACAAAGAGAACAGCAACCUGAACCGGAAUCUCCACAGCUAUCCGKUGGUUGUUGRCCCGUGCGAUAGCAUCAACAUCAACCACAAGAACCCRUCGCGAUCUAUGUCGGUGGUGGCUUCACCUWCCGUGAAAUCAGCCUCCGCUCUCGCGCCAAUGGCUUCCCCCGAGGUCGUGGCAGAAACCACGCUGCAAGAAAAGCAUCCACAACAUCAGAAAUGCAAGCAUCAACAWMAACAACGGCAACCUCAACAGMAAACACCGAAACGGUUGGAGCAGCAAAAACAAACGAAACCAAGCAGKGGUACCAAGCCAUCCUCCUCGAAGAAGGCUGCAACACCACAACAGAUGGUGGCCUUUCUCAAGAGGCUCUUUGUGCGCUGCUUCAUGACCCGCAGGCGGCGGAGGAAACGACGCGGGCUGGCAACGAGAAAGAUGAAGAACAACAACUUCCAAACGGUCGACGGGAGCCAGGAAGGCAGCGGAAGCAAGCCGUACGGCUCGAUCCCCUGCAACGAGACGGAGAUGUACCUGAUGCUCCGGUCGAAGCGGGUCCCAGGGGGCAUCGCGGCGCCGCCGAGCAGCCAGUCCUCGUCGGCGCGGACCGCCCAGCGGUCGCACUCGAAUCCGGGAAGGGUCCCCUCCGCCGGAAGCAGCGRGAGGACCGGUGCCYGCGCCCCCGUYGGACCCUCRCAAGGCGGGCGCCGAGGCGGAUACCGCUCGCAGCCUUCKGCGGCGGCGACGUCCUGCCUGCCGACUCCUCCCCCCCGCCACCACCGCCACMGGACCAUGAGCGCCGAGAGCCACUAUCCGACCACGAUUGCCAUCACCCGGGACCGGGCCUCGACGAUCGGCAGCGUGUCUCCCCGUCUCGUCUUUAUCGAGCCSUUCCAGGAGCCGGAGUCGCACCUGGUGGCCCUGUCGUAAGAAGGAAAGAGRGGUUCAGCGAWUUAAAACGAGACUAGAACGAUGUUGCGAAAGGAAACAAAACAACACAACACAAACCGAUUGUCUCGAGACGAAGAAAGAAACGAACUCUAGAAAAGAACAACAACAAUUAGUCGUCUACUACUGCUACUGUAUGUGAUUGACGUGAUAAAUGUGCCUUGGACAGGCAUUCUAAUGAGCCGAGAAUUGCCAUCUUGCAGUGAAUGAAAAAGAGGUCCCGAUAGCCGUCGAUGAUUCCUCCUUCGUUCUACUGGUUUCGGUUCGCAAUCGAUAUGAUACCAGAAUUAUUCCUAUUUUAUCCAGAAUAAUKUAAUGGUCUUGUU